CGCGCGGAGCAGGCGAGACGGCGGGCUAGAGAGGCCGUUCGACAGCGCCGUCCGGCCGGAAGAGGCUGGUUUGGGACUGAGCUGGCGCUACGAAGUUCCGGCCCGGGUCUCCUACCUCGGGCUUGUGCGCAGACGGCGUUGGAGCCCAGUGGAGCUGAUCAGGAUGAUCACGGACGUGCAGCUCGCCAUCUUCGCCAACAUGCUGGGCGUGUCGCUCUUCUUGCUUGUCGUUCUCUAUCACUAUGUGGCCGUCAACAAUCCCAAGAAGCAGGAAUGAAAGUGGCGCUUUUUCCGCCCCAGGGUUCCAGGACAUAGUCUGAGGCAAGAUGGAGGGUGUGAGGGGCCUUCACACUUCACCUCAUCCCUUCUGCCCAUCACAGCAUACAAAGCAACUACACCUGGAUUUUUCCAAACAACUUUUAUUUCCUCAAAGUCUUCUUGAACCCUAUGGAACAAGAAGCUGCCACUGAAUAGGGCCCAGCAUAGGGGCUGAUUUCUUUUCUACUCCCUCCCCCCAAUACAAAAAUAUAGAUAAUA